UAGAAUUACAGUUUUCACCAAAAAUAUCAGACUGUUUGUCCUGCUUAGUUCCAGACGACUCCUACUCCGGGAUCUCCAAUAACUUGACAGUCAAAAGUUAGAGAUGACGGUCUUUCACUUCUUCAACUGUGCGAUUCUCACCUUUGGUCCUCACGCCGUUUACUACUCCGCUACUCCCUUGUCAGAGUAUGAUACACUCGGGACAUCUGUUAAAGCUGCACUUGUUUAUCUAGGGACAGCAUUAGUAAAGCUUGUUUGCUUGGCUACAUUUCUUAAGGUUUCAGAGAAUGAUACUUUUGAUCCAUAUCAGGAAUUGUUGAAAGCUCUAAUUGGUUUCAUUGAUGUUGCUGGGUUAUACUUUGCCUUGACUCAAUUGACUCACAGGAAUAUCUCUCAAAAUCAUAAGUUUCAAGCUGUUGGUCUUGGAUGGGCUUUUGCUGAUUCUGUUCUACAUAGACUGGCACCUCUUUGGGUGGGAGCUAGAGGACUAGAGUUCACCUGGGAUUACAUUCUGCAAGGCCUCGAAGCAAAUGCAAACCUGGUGCUGAGUAUUUCUCUUGCUGCAUUGGGAUCUCUUAUGUGGCUUCGGAAAAACAAACCCAAGACUCUAAUUCCCAUAAUAUAUGCAUGUGCAGGCAUGGUGGCAACCAUGCCAUCCAUCACAAGCUAUUUGAGAAGAGGGUUGGGGUGGCAUUUCCCAGAAGUCGUAGGCUUUGAACUGUUCACCUCUCUUGUAAUGGCUUUUAUCAGUUGGCAAUUAUUUUCUGCAUGCCAAAGACCCUCAUCCUGAGAUAAAGUCCAGAACUUUUAUCUUAACACUUGAUAGAGGACAUUAGCGUAUUGAAGAAGUUAGUUGUAUGGCUAUCCGACAUCUCCCAUUGAGGCUGUUGUACUGAUUCGUUUAAAAUUUUGCAGCAUCUUUUAUUUUAUUUUAUUUUAGAAAUGAUUGAUCUGUAACUUUUGAUUUUUUUGAACACCUGAGGUAAGCUCUCUAAAGACUCUUUAAAUGAUUCUCAAUGCAAAUUAUAUUUAUUUAAA